UAUUUGGAGGAGCAUUACCAAGGAACAAUCAAGACGCUCCUGUAUCAGGACCAGGCCGAACCCAUCAACCCAGAUGAGGUCCUCCUGGGCUACGAGAUCCUAGAAGCCCUCCAAUCAGGACAGAGCUUUGCCGAUCGCCAUGGAGAUGACCCAUCAGAGGUCACGACCCAGCCGGAGGAAAUCUGGGCUGAGUAUUUCGAUGAUGAGGAGGAGGAGGGAGUCGAUUCGGAUGUGGAGCAUUUUCGGAGGGUUAUUUUGAGAAACCGGAAGAGAUUUGGCCUGAGGAUGAGUAUUUGAUGAUGGACGAGGAUGAUGAUGAUGAAGGACCUGUAAGGGAGUAUUCUCCUGAGCCGAUUCUUUAUGAUGCGGAGGAAACAAAUAGACGAGGAUGACAAACAGGAAGGAGGAACAACUGGAGAAAACUUGAGAGAUCUUAAAGAGACGACAGCGUUUGAUACCAAGGAGCAACCACAUAUGAACAGGGUUGAGAGUCUGGAAGAGCUGGAAAACAAACCUUCAAGAUCUGAAGCGAAAAAGGACGAUUUAAUUGACCCAAAUUUGGGUUAUCGCAUGGACAAUAAUGGGAUCAAGUGGCCAAAAUUGAUGGGAAAUUGGAUUCUGGUACGGAAACACAAAAGAAACGGGAUACUCAAGAAGUUUCAGAGAAAAACGGCAGAGAUGAGCUUGAGGACAGGCAAGACGGAGGGUAAACUACAGGAUGAGACGGAGGGAGUAUCGGCACUAGAUGGUCUGAAGAAGACUCUGAUACAAGAAAACUUGUUUCCUAGUGGUCCCGCAGGGCCGGGCAUCCAUAGAAGGACGUCGCUACGGAGGCGAUCUUGACGUGAAAUCAGAGGUGGAGGAGCCGAGUUAUGUGCCGUCACUAGAUGGUGUUAAGCUGUUCAUGAAUGGAGCGAUGCUGAACGGAAGCGAGCGUAUGGCUGCCGACAACAUGGCCACACAGAUGGAAUGUGAUAAUUUGAUAAAGCUGAUGGAU